AUGACAACUCUUUCGAGGUUUAGUGGCUGCCUUCUUUCUUGCGUCAACCCCGGGGAGAGCAAUACUGAACCCAGCGUGGUGCUGCCACCUUUGGCAGGGGAGCACAUAGGGCACCCCACUGGCAGUUCCUUAAAGCUCUGCCCCUCGCACAAUUUGCGAGACUAUCCCGAGACGAGGUACAGUGCAUAUGUUGACCAUUCGGUUCCCCAUUUUGCAGACUCUGGAUACCCCAGCCACCGGUUAGAGCACAGCCCUAGGGGCAUUAUCAUUGGAGCCAAUCUUUCUGGAGCCGGCAUGGCACCCGUCACUGAUCAACUGGCAUCAAGAAGUAACCAACAUGGUGGAAUUGGAACGUACCGUGACCUGCCUAGCUAUAGAGAUAGCAGAAGCCACGCUUUUUUCACCGCUUAUCACGAGCAGGCCCAUGGCUCCUCCGACGCGACCCGAGACCUCUCCGGUCAAGUGAUGCUGGGUCUACCUGGGGACCUCCUCACCCGGACGCACCCUUACGGCCAGAGCAUCAGCGGUCCCAGGGGAAAGAGCCAACAACUUGUUUCUCAGUUCCUGGGUCUCUACAAACCGCUGAACAUGGCAAUUCAACGUGGAGGGGGUGAUGCUUUCCUGAGGUGCUCCAAACAGAACCUGAAGCACGAGCUUGUGUGUAAGUGGAGUGACAGCCAAGAGGGGGCUGGGAAGCAGCCCUGCGCCAGAACUUUCGGGACUAUGUAUGAACUUGUCACCCAUGUGACAGUGGAACAUGUCGGAGGACCAGAGCACUCUGAAUACGUGUGUCACUGGGAGAAUUGUCCGAGGGACAGAAAGCCUUUCAAAGCGAAAUACAAGUUGGUGAACCACGUCAGAGUCCACACAGGGGAAAAGCCAUUUCCCUGCCCUUUCCACGGCUGUGAAAAAGUUUUUGCAAGAUCAGAGAACCUCAAGAUUCACAAGAGGACACACACAGGUAUGUAACUAUUAGUGUCAAUAAUAAUAAAGAUAAUAAUAAUAAUAAUAAUAAUAAUAAUAUUAAUAGUAAUUAGCUAACAUAAAAGCUUACAAAAUACAUCAAAUCAAUGAUUAAACUUGCCAAAACGUUGUUUCUUUUUUGGGGACUAAAUUUACCCUCUGAGAAAAUGUUGAUAACCUAAUUUAAACCAUAUUUGAAAUGUUUCUAUUUUACUAAAUUAUGUUAUUAUAUAAGGAAUUAGAUUGUGAGAGUUAGAUUGUGUAAGUAUAAUGGCACUAUAGUAGCAUUUUAUAGUGCACAAAAAUAUUAGAAAAAGCUAAAGCAAUUCUUUGAACAAACUUUUGAUUGUUUUGAAUGACAGUAUAUGUCACUGUCUGCCAUGCUAGAUCUUUGAUGAUUAAAAUGUACAUAGCCUAUUAUGAUGAUGAUGUUGGGGAGGCAGGUAGCUUAGUGGUUAAAAGCGUUGUGCCAGUAACCGAAAGGUCGCUGGUUCUAAUCCCCGAGCCAACUAGGUGAAACAUCUGUCGAUGUGCCCUUGAGCAAGGCACUUAACCCUACUUGCUCCUGUAAGUCGCUCUGGAUAAGAGCGUCUGCUAAAUGACUAAAAUGUAAAUGUUGAUGAUUAUUAUAAGGAUUAUUAUAAUAUUUUUGUCUGUGGAUGUCAUUAUUUAUGUUUUUGGUGGUGCUGUUGUUGUGGGUGUAGUUUCUUUAAUAUUGUGAUGACUUUAUAGCCUGUCGUGAUUGUUGUGGGGUGUAGUUGUACAGGAGAGAGGCAUAAGCUAGUGCUAAUAGCGGGACAGAAGGCCUGUAGUGCUGCAGCUACAAACUAGUAGUUUUCAGGCCCAGUUGUUUGGGUGCUUCUCCCACUCAUUCACUUAAAUAAAUAAAUAAAUGCCGGGACACCGGAGAGUUGUACCGGAGAGUUGUGACGUAGCUUUUACGCUUCGCUCAGUUGCAGCCCAGUAGGGACGACUCCUCUCUGCGCGGGCGCAGGAACAACGCUGGAAAUGCUGUAGUAGCAGAACACAGCAGCCAAGUAGGUUAUGAGGUAUAGACAACACAGUGCCUUUGUAGUCUGAUCUCUGCUAAGUUUCACAGAGAUCAACAGGAUUUAAAUGUUAAAGUGCAGUGGACAUUUAGCUCGUUGAUAAUUGAACACUGUUUAUUUUGAUCUUUUUUAUUUUUUAUUUAAAAAAUAGUCAAAUGAUUCCCUAAAGAUAAAUGUAAUUUGGGCUAAAAUAAAUUAAUAAUUAUGUCGUUGGUAGCCAGAGUUGUCUAAAUCAACACAAUGAGAAAAAUCAUCAGUGGCAAACUUCUGUGGUAAGAACCCUUAAAUAUUAUACAUGCCAAAAGCCACGUUAUAGCAAACAUUGAUGUUAAAAUGUACGUGCCAAAAUGUAUUUCGAAUGAAUGAUUAUUAUGGUGUCAAUUUAAUUGAAUAGUACAUACAGAUGCAUGUAUGGAAACAGUAACACAUCACAUUUCUAAAAAAUGUUUGUCUAGAAAUAGUGAAAAAUAUUAUUUUAGAAAUACAUUUUGGUUUGGUGGGACUUUUUGAGAUGAGAAAAAAUGCUGUUUCACCAUAUUUUGCCAUAUAGGCCUAAUCGGAAUUUCAAGACUAGGCCUACCCACACUAAUUUCUCUGUAGUAAUAUGACUUGUGAUCUUCUGCCUUGUUUACUGGAUAUAGGACAGAAUUGUUCAAACAUAGUUUUAGCACAUUAAUAGGACUUGGGGAGAUCGAGCGUUUGACAAAAUCCUUGAUCGAGGGUUUGACAAAAUCCUUGAUAGAUGAUGGGCCUAUUUACUGCGGCCUUGCCCUCUGACUGUUGGGGUAAAUCAUUGACGAUAUUAAUAGAGUUUCACGGGUAGUGUAAACUUCUAUGGGAAUUAUCUUUUCUACUUGUUGCCAUGUUGAUUAUCUUCAUGAUUAUCUUCAUCAUAUCUCGACAGAUAAACUUUUCGACGGAAGUGUCAGUUUAGAUUUUUGGGGGGCAUUUUUCGUGUAGAUCUUAUAAGAUAACCUACAGUUUCCAUUGAAUGUUCAUUACACUUUGUGCAAUUCUACCUUUUAUUCGGGGUUUAGGCCUACAGUCGAAGUUCUGGGUUAGGGGUUAGGUUAAGGUUAAUAUUAGACAUAAGGUUAUGUAAGACAACACAAUUGUGUUAAAACAUGAGCAAAUGUAGGCAUUCACGUUAAUGGUUAUUGCACAUUGGCAUUGCACAGGAAAAACUGCACCCAAAACUAAAAUAGACAUGACUUUAUUAACAUUUUAGGAACGUUUUGGAAUUAGGCCUAUAGCCUGCACACCACUUGCUCAUAAACUCAACAUGUUGAUUAUUUCGAUCGUCACUGUCUUGUUUAUGUGCAAAUGUAUAACAAUAUAAAUGUAAGUUUAGAUGAGUUUACAAACCUAGAGGUUGAGAACACAUUAGGCACCAUAUCGUAACAAGCGGUGAUUUCUCUCUCUGCAUGUUUAGGUGAAAAACCUUUUAAGUGUGAGUUCGAGGGCUGCAAUCGGAGGUUUGCUAACAGCAGCGACCGAAAGAAGCAUUCUCACGUGCACUCCAGUGAUAAACCCUACAUGUGCAAGGUCAGAGGGUGUGAGAAGUGUUACACCCACCCAAGUUCCCUCCGAAAGCACAUGAAGCUCCACUGCAAGGACUACAGCGCGAAACGCAGCGAUGGGCGCGAGGGGGACGGGGAGCACCUUGCAGAGACCAGGUCACCCGAAGUAACAGAUCAAGGCGAAACGGCUUCGUCCACCAUCGUGACGCGCGCUCAGCCCCUCACCUCCUCCCAAGAGUCUCUAUCCCCCGAGAUUCGAAAUGAGUCAAGUCUGAGAUCACGUUUCCAUCACACAUUCGACAACAGUUUGGACUACUCCUCACAUAGGUCAGAGGGCCUCUUGGAUCCAUUGUUGAUCCAGAGGAGCGGUUAUAGACCUGAGCCCACCCAAUACCCAUGCAACCAAGCAGGCCACAGUUUCGCCCAGAGCUCCAGGACAUUUUCCACUGCCUCACCCUUUCAGAAAAGUAUUGUCAAUGGGUGGUAUACGUGCCACAGUGGCGUGGACUCUUUCUCACCAAAGCAGUGUAAUAAUGACAUAUCAUCCAUUUGAGUCAGUUAUGGCGCCUGAGUGACGUUGGCCUACAAAACGUGGGUCUAUUUUUCUUAUGACAUCUGCUAUUCUUGGAUUAUAUAUUAUUGAUUGUAUUUUGUUGAUGUUGUAGGCUAUAAAAAACAUGUGCCACGUUGAAGUCAUUUGUGUCGUAGUUUUGAAAACGUGCUAAUAUAUAUACACAGCGUUGCAAAAUCCGUGAUGGCAAGCUUUAACUGUUCUGUGACGCACAAACCUUAGGUCUAUGUGUGGUGGGCCUUGAGUUGUGUCAUGUGUAAGAAACGUGCCCCCUUGGAGUAUUAGAAUAGGACAUAAUUAAUACAAACGCUGCCUAUCAUUUGAAUGAUACCCAUCAUUGAUGCUUGCUAUAGGAUAAAGAAACUAAAUGGAUUCAUCGGGUGUGUCUAUGUGUAAAAGGCCUAUGUAUGACUAUAGUAGCGAGAGUGUUAUAAAAGGAACUAUACAUGUAUUAUUGCUUGGAAGGCUAUACCAGCAUAUGUAAAGGACAGGUUAUUCGUGGAAUGUAACUGUAUUGUAUUGUGGGAAAGCAUAGAAGUGCAUUACUCAUGUCGUGUUUAAUGUAAGGCAGAACUUGGAAAUAAAAUAUGAAUUAAAACCUA